GAAAAAUUGCAGUUUUUUCCAAGUUUAAAUUGUCAGCUGAAUGAAAUCUGGAAAAUGAUUUUGUCUAUCAAUUGUAUUCGUUUUCGAUUUCAACAAACAUUUUACAUUUGUCGUAAAUAUUGUCACAAUAAUAUUCGAUCAGUUGAAACAAUUAAAACAAUUCUGGAACAUGGCCAACCAUCUGAUGUUCAUCGUUAUAAAGUUUAUGGUUGGAUACGUGGAAAGGUACAAAAGAAAAAAACCAAAUGGUUUCUUCAACUAGAUGAUGGCAGUUCUGCUGAACGUUUACAGAUUAUUAUACCUGCAUCAUUGAUGGAACAGUGUGAUCGUUCCAGAAUACAGAACGGUGCCUCAUUAGAAUGUAUUGGACGUUUAUUGAAAAGUUUAGGCCAUCAGCAAUCAUUGGAUUUUCUUUGUGAUCAAUUCACUGUUAUUGGUGAAUGUCCACCUGACGAUUAUCAGAUUGCUCAUUUGAAAACUGGUAUGGAAUUCGAUUUGCUUCGUGAACAAAUUCAUCUGAGACCCAGGGUUCGAUAUUUUCAAUCGAUUCUGAGGAUAAGAAAUGAAUUAUCUCGAGCCAUUCAUAAAUUUAUGGCAGAUAAUCAAUUCAUUGAAGUACAAGUACCAUUAAUUACCGCAAACGAUUGUGAAGGUGGUGGCGAAUGUUUUACAUUGAAACCUGCCAAUUGGCCGAUUACAAAUCCAGAAAAAUUAUAUUUUGAUCGUCCCACAUAUUUAACGGUAUCAGGUCAACUUCAUCUUGAAGCAAUGGCCAGUUCAUUAUCCCGUGUUUAUUGUUUAAGUUCAGUGUUUCGAGCCGAAAAAUCAAUGUCUCCCAAGCAUCUAAGUGAAUUUUUAAUGCUUGAAUUAGAACAAGCUUUUCUCUUUGAUCUCAAAACCUUAAUGUCCAUUGUGGAAAAGCUUUUCCGUUAUCUACUCGUUGAAAUCGAAAAAAAUUGUCCAAAAGAUUUAGAAUUACUGUUGGAAAAGAAUCAACAUCAUAAAUAUUAUGAUAAGCUUAAAAGUUGUAAAUUCCUACAAAUUUCUUAUGGAGAAGCUUGUCAAAUGUUAUCCAGUAAAUAUCCAAAAUUGAAUGCAGAUAGUAUAAUGAAUUUUAAUGCAGAAAUGGAACGAUCCCUAUUGGAAAUUUGUGAUCAUCAGCCAAUAUUUGUAACGAAUUUUCCUAUGGAAAUUAAACCAUUUUAUAUGAAAACUACUGAUGAUGGUCAAAUGGCAGAAUGUUUUGAUUUAUUAACUCCUAUUUGUGGUGAAGUAUGUGGUGGUAGUCUCAGAGAAAAUCGUUACGACCGUUUAUAUGAACAAAUCAAAUUGAAAAAUGUGAUCAAAAACAAUGCCAAUAAUAAUCAUCAAUUAGAAUGGUAUCUAGAUUUACGAAGAUUUGGAUCAGUACCAACUGGCGGUUUUGGUUUUGGUUUUGAUCGUUUCUUACAGACUGUUUGUGGUGUUGCCAACAUUAAAGAUGUUGUUCCAUUUCCUCGUUGGCCUUAUCAUUGUCGUUUAUGAUUUUUGAUUUUUUUUUUUAAAAAUUUUAUUCUAAUCAUUAAUAAUAAUUAAAUUG